UGCACAUGGCAGGAUACAGCAAAGCGCACUUUCGCUCGUUGGUUGUGCGUUAAUAAUGCUUUCCCUAACCAUUAGAGAGCUUGCUGCGCAUUUUAGAAGCAAAAAAUAUUCACCGUUGGAAGUAUGUUCGGCUUGUCUAAAAGAUAUCAAAGCAAACAGCUAUCUGAACGCCUUUGUAACGGUGUUAUCUGAGAGUGCCCAAGAGCAAGCAAAGGAGAGCCACGAACGGUUGGCCGAGAAUGCACCGUUAGGACCCUUGGAUGGCGUUCCAAUUGCUGUGAAAGACAACUUCUGCAUAUCUGGUGUAAGGACAACAUGUGGAUCGAGAAUGCUCGCCAAUUUUCACCCACCUUACACUGCGACUGUCGUCGAGCGUCUCCGAAAACAAGGCGCGGUCAUCCUUGGCAAGACGAACAUGGACGAGUUUGGAAUGGGCUCCGGUGCCACUGAUUCCACUUUUGGACCGACCAGGAAUCCGUGGAAGUAUCUGGGUAAGAACGCGUUGGAUGAGUGGUAUAUUGCUGGGGGCAGUUCGGGCGGCAGUGCCGUCUCUGUGGCGGCAGGUUGUGCUUUUGCUGCUUUGGGCUCUGACACUGGUGGUUCCACGCGCAACCCAGCGUCACGGUGCGGCGUUAUCGGACUGAAACCCACGUAUGGAGCACUUUCUCGGCAUGGACUCGUCCCGCUAACAAACUCCAUGGACGUCCCCGGCAUAUUAACGAAAACAGUCGACGACGCCGCCUUGUUGUUUAAUGUUAUGGCUGGCGUCGACGAAAACGACUCCACUUGUGUGCAUCUUCCAGAGCACGCGCGGAAUCUGGAGUUGGACGACGAGCCUUCUCUUUCCGGCGUCCGAGUUGGCGUUCCAAGGGAGUACCACUGUCCCGGCAUGGCGCCCGAAGUAGUAGAUACUUGGCGCUACGUGGCCGAUAAAUUGGAUUCUCUAGGCGCCGUUGUAUCCUCGGUGUCUUUGCCGCACUCUCAGUAUUCAACAGAGUGUUAUUCGGUGCUCAACUGUUGCGAGGUGGCAUCGAACUUCGCUCGGUACGACGGUCUCGAGUACGGGCACCGCGCUGACAUCGACUCUUCAACGGAAGCCCUGUACGCAUCCUCGAGACACGAAGGAUUUAACGAAGUCGUUCGAGGCCGAAUACUGGCUGGAAACUUUUUCCUGCUGCGCAGAAACUACGACAAGUACUUUAUGAAAGCUCUGCAAGUGCGUCGCUUGAUAUGCGAUGACUUCAAGAGGGUGUUCGAAUCAGGUGUUCAACUAAUUUUAACGCCAGUAACUCUCACCGAAGCGCCUAAGUAUUCAAGCUGGGCACUUAAGGACAACAGGGAGAGAGUUUCUGUUGAAGACUUUUGCACACAACCAGUCAACAUGGCUGGGCUUCCUGCAGUCAGCCUGCCCUGUCGCCUCUCACAUAAUGGUCUCCCGCUGAGCCUGCAGCUCAUUGCUCCCAGGUUUGCAGAACGGGACCUGCUGUCUGCUGCUAAGAGACUGGAGCUAGAGCUUCAGUUUCCCCGGCUCGACUUGCACCUCCACGGAUGCAGCCAGAGUAGGAAUGCUGCAUCUGGAUCAGUUUUAUAAUUCAGUUCCUCUCCUAUGUAAUUAUGUUCAAUGAAUCUUAGAAAAAAGAUUCCAUUAGCAAUCACAGGCCCACCAAUGAAGUUCCAAUCACCAAUUCUAGCUUGCUAUUCUCUCCUGUAUCAUACAUCUUUUAAUGUUGUAUGGUGUACAAUAGCCGUUUGCAAAUUGAAUGUAGGGGGAUGUUUCCUCAUUUUGGCAACUUGUGGAGCUUUAAGAAAGGAUUCAAGCACACUCCAGUUACUGUGGAAAAUAUGCAUGUGGAUUGGUUCACACUUGUGGGUUGUGUCAAGAUUACUGAAUUAGAAAAAAGCUGACAUUUAGGCGCAUCUUCAUGAUAGGUUGUAUGGUUGCUAUUAACUCUUAAGGCAACACAGCUUUUGAUGUCAAAUGCAUAUGAGCAGCACAGCACCAUUAUACAUACAACUUAGCACCAAUGUUAUCACAUGCACUGUGAUUUGACAGCAUCAUAUUUGUGUACAUGGAUUCCUGUAGGACAGGUUGCAUUCUGGUUACAUGUCAUAACUGCUUUUGAAAAUUGGCCACUUUCACCUCUGCAUACAGUUUCCUUUUAAUAGAUUCUUGAACUACGCAGGUUCUAUCCAUGAUAGACGGGCUAUGCAGUGUGACAAACGUAGCACGGCAGUGUGUUUCCAAGAGACUGUUGCCCUGGUCUAAUGGUCUGGCAUAACAGAAUCAAGUCUUCACAGUUUAGCUCCAUGACCUAAAAUGCAAAAUAUUGUAGCUUUUUUGUUCGCUGCAGUACAUGUGUUCUUCUAGUACUUGUACAUUAACCCAUUGGCUUCCAAAGCUGCCGAAUUGCCGGGCAUAAUGAGAAUUGCGGCCAUACUGCCAAAGCCGGAAAUUUGCUGAGUGGGUGGCAUUGUUGGCUUAAGGAGCCAUUCAUAGAUAGGGGGACGGGGCAGCUAAGCUGGACUAAUUUAGAAUUGUCAUCGAUAAAUGCAACUUUUGUCUUCACUUCAAGGAGGUUAGAUUUUUAAAUUAUUUUUAGUUUAUAUUUGUGAAAGGUUUGUGCGUGUGCAGCACGUGUUCCGUCACAUUUAUGACCCAAAGCAGUGCAGUGGGCAUAUUUUCCACAUCCUAUUCCACUGGAUCCAUCAUGGCAGUGCAAAAAGAAGGUUAAAAGAAAGGUACAAGUGAGAGUGUCAAAAGUGCAGUGCUGCUCCUCACGUGCCCAAGUGUUCAAAGCUUUUCCACUCACAAAUUAAUCUGCAAAUGGCAGUUAGGUUUGGGAACUGAAAACUGCUGCAUUAUAUUGUAAACAAAACAUUUAUUUGCAUUUUUGCAGCGUUAAUUAGUUUACUGUAUUACAUAACGAGCAUGACAACGGAAAUUCACCUGGUGUCACGCUCGUUAAGGAAAGCAGAAACCUAUAAGCGUCAGCCCCUCUUUGCGCCCUUGAAGCUAUCCUUUUCUUACAGUGCAUGCAUGCAUGCGCACCCGACAGAAAGAGAUUGUGUGUGUGUGUGUGUGUGUGUGUGUUAGAAAAUAAGCGUCCUGUUAACAUGCUGCCAGGAGGCAGGCGUCACGGGCAACGGGUUUUAGCAACCGAGACACUCUCUCCCUCUGCCUCUUGUAGCUUACCUAAGAGGUCCCAUACUGGAACGGUGAGAUGUUGGGGCCCGCCUCUUUUUUUGCGGCGUUUCACCUUCCACAAAUAGAUUAUUAGUUAUGGUGAGUGACAAAACACACACUCUGAAGAGGCAUUUGUGUGUGUGACCGCGGCUAUCUGUCUGGGAACGGUCUUCCACGAAAGGGAAGGUGCACUGUAUUUCGUUUGAAAUUUCAGCUGUUUCAGCUUUAUUAAUGCAAUAGCGUUAAAGGGCAACUCCGGCGUUUUUUACCUAUAUUA